AUGGCGGGUAAAAAGAGAAUAGAAGAAUUAAAAUUAACAUCAGUUCAAGAAGAGAGACUUAUUGAGCUGUUUCAUGAUGAACCAGACCUCUGGAACGUGUCGUCGGCGUCUUAUUCAAGAAGAGAUUGCAGACAGAAGGCAUUAAGUAACAUUCAAGAAAAAGUAAGGGAGGAAUAUGAAGGUCUAGAAUGUAAUGUCGAUCAAAUACAGGCCAAAAUAUCCUAUCUUAGAGAAUACUAUUCUAAGGAAUUGUCAAAAAUAAACAAGUCCAGAAAGAGUGGCACUGGCACCGAUGAACUCUACACCAGUUCAUGGGUUCAUUUUAAAUCCCUGGAUGUCUUUUUGAGAUCACAGAUUGUCCCCAGAGGAACGCAGUCCAAUCUUGUAAGUUAUACCAGAUCCCACUGCCAAUAA